AUUUUUCCCCCCAAAUUGUAAAAUAAAAGGGUGAAAAUAAACUAGUGUACGUAUCAAAUACGGCAAAUAUUCCAACUGACAACAAGCACGUACAUAUUUUUUAUCCAUCAAGAGGAUAAAACAGUAACGGCAACAAACACUGUCCCUUCCCUACCGUAAAUCACCAGCGAAUCCCAACGAAUCAUUUUUUUUUAUUCCAUCGUGUAUACAUAACAUUAUUAUUAUGGGUUUGUUGUAUUAAAAUUAAUAAUGUGGACAGUCAGUCGACGUUCAGAUGAGUGCGAGGAAGAACGUCCGCAGGUGGCAAGUGGCCCCCGGGCGUUGAUCCGUCGGUGAAAGGAAUUCACAUUUUUUUUUUCCCUCCCAGGUUUUGACAUUUUUUAAUGACAUCUUUAGUAAUUUUCAUUCUCACGAGCAUACUCUAGUUCAUUGUCAUUCCGGUGGUCAGUUGGAAUUUAAUCAGCACCCUCUCCGAGGUGGGGUUUGGUGACUGUGAGAGGGGUGUCAUGGUGCCAGUGUCGUUCAAGGGUUUGGAGUCUCCAGAACGUGUUUAGGAGUCGUGACAAUUAUUCGAGAUUUCUUUAUUUUACAUUGAAUAACUGAUCAAGGGGUGGAAACAUGUCGGGGAUACCUGUGCUCCUCAUCACUGCCAAUGUUGGCAGCAUCUUCGAGGAGCCUGCAACUAUGCUGAAAGUAUGGACCGAAGAAUUUUUGUCCACUGUUUCGAGACUGGAUCCAAAGUUUAUAGCGCUGCACUGCCAGGAAGUAGGUGGAAAAAAUUAUGAACAAAGCAUGAGGCACGUCGAAGACUUUGUUAGGUUACUCAUGUCCUCCGAGGAAUUACGGCUCUUCGAUAAAGUCAGGGUUUAUCUGGAUGAGGAUUUCUCAUCGGCCGAGCAUUUCACAGCACUUGGCAAUUUUUACUUCGUUCAUGAGUCCUUGAAAGACGUUUUAUUGUGGGAUUUCAAAGACUGCACAUUCAUCUCGGUGAGUGGAAAAGAGGUUCAUUCCGGCAACAUUGAGGCAGUAACGACAAAGGAAAAAGCAAAAUUCCCUCAGGAUUUUUUUCCGGAGUGCAAAUGGUCGAGAAAGGGAUUUUUACGUACACGAUGGAGUGUCAGUGGAACAGUAUUUGAUCUCAUUAACAUUCACCUGUUUCACGAUGCUAGUAACUUUAUUGCAAUGGAAACUUUUCCGUCAGUAUAUAGCAAAACCCGGAGGAGGGCACUUGAACACACCCUCGAACGAUUUCAUAAUGAUGAGUAUGAAAAUGCACCGUAUUUUCUAUUCGGUGAUUUUAAUUUUCGAACAGAUACCGCCGGUGUCAUAAAGAAACUUACCGAAGAUACUCACGAAAGCAAGCUGUCGAGUAAGGGUAAUAUUUCUAGAUUACAGUUUCGCAACAAUGAAGAGAAUCUGAUCCUAACACUAGGGAAAAAAGAGUUUUCCCAUUGCGAGCAUCGACACGUAUUCGCUGAGAACAGUGGUCGAUGGUUGCGUGAGUAUGAUCGGGAAUUGGAGGACUUCGAGGGGAGGCUCUUUGAAUUUCCAAUCGAGUUUGUGCCGAGUUAUCCAUUUGAAGAGGACAUCAAACAAGGAGCUAAUUAUAUGCAGACAAGAGUACCUGCUUGGUGUGAUAGAAUACUGUUGAGCCCGACUGCUAAAACACUAGUGGAAAAUAUAUCAUCAUCUGAUAGCGUGGAAUAUGGUAUCAUCGGAGCGACCACUUGCAUGGGCGAUCACAAGCCAGUCUAUCUACGGGCGAUCUUAUCCACGGAUGCAGGUAUGAUUAAUUGCUGUAAUGGAAAAUUUCCUCAAAUGUGUUUUAAAGUGCCCGAUAAUUAUCACGAAUUAUUGUCAAUGUUGCCUGGCUGUGAAACUAGUUAUUCACGUGUACGUUCAAAUGAUCGUGUAUCAUCAUCAACGGGGCUUUUGCACGCUGUACCAAUUGAGCAUGAUCCGUAUACACCGGACAGCAUGGAUAGUCCUAGUCCAAGUACAUUUGCAGUGCCAACAGAUAGUGAAAUCCAAGAACUGGAUCCAUCAUCAUCAGAACCAUCAAAACAUCACAAAGAAGCAGUAAAACGUUUGGAUUCAGCUGUAUCACCUGCCCUCCUCAAGUCUCGAUUAGAGCUCAUUGUUCAGAUCAAUGAAAAUGCCGAAAGAGAAAGAAGAAAGAAAAAAGACUUGAGUGAAUGUCGACUUCGAUCCUGGCCAGACACUGACGACAGCAAUUUGUUGGGAAUGCGUCAGCACAGGUGCAACAGUGACGUCUCCUGGCAGCGUCACUGGCACGAGGAGAUAGUCCAGAGGAAUUUAUCAGACACAAGCUCAGAUGACAAUCAGAAUUGUCGAAUUAUAAUUCCACGAAUAGCGAUAAUAAACGCCAGUAAUUUUCAGUCUAAUGAAUCGUCGGUUCAUUCUCCCCAGGAGGAACGCCUGGACAUAAAUUAUCAUCGACAAUCAGAUAGUAAAGAUGGCACCAGUGGUGAUGGCUCGAGUUUGGAGCUUGAUAUUGAUGAUGUACAAUCGGAUUUUCAUAAAAGAGGGGGAAAAGUUUCGGCUGCACAGGACAGUGGGCUGGAUACUCUGGAUGUUGAUGAUGGAUUCUCAAGGGGUGGAUCCACUGGAUUCAGCUCGAAUGAGACUACUUCGACGUUGCCUUUGGACUCGGAGAAGGACGAGUGUCAGGUGGAGGUGAAAAAUUGUGAAAUUGUCAGUCAGAAAGUGUUGAGUAAUGAGAUGGACGAGGUUAUGAUCGUUGUUGAGGGGCCCAGAAGUGAUUUGCCAGCUCGUGGCGGUGAGGAUGUUGACAGUGGAAGUGAUACGAUAAGACUCAGGGCCCACAGGGCCAGCCAAAGAUAUCGCAGUGACCUUCUUACGAAGAAGAGAACAUGCUGUAAGUGCUGCUGCAUCAUAACCUAGCAAACUUUUGGAAUUCGGAUAUUUGUUGAUAUUUAUUAUUUAUCGUUUGGAGGUGUUACCGCAGAGUUAUUGAAUUAUUUCUCAUUGGGGUAUGAGUAUUGAGGGGAUUGGGAGGGGAAACCGGGAGAAAAUAGUUUAUGGGGGUGGUGGGGCAGAAUAGGACAUCAGGAUAGUUCAUUAGUGAAUGAGUGACUGAUUAAUUAUGUAAUCAGUCGAGCAGGAAUAUUAUUAAGGAAAAUAGGAUUUCAACGAUUCCUGAGUGGAGUUGUAGUGGGAUAAUCACAUUGUUAAUUAAUGUGGUGUCCAUGGGGUAAUUAAUGUAAUAUUGGAGGGUAAGGAAGUGGUGAAUAUCGAGGGAACGAGCAAGAGGGAGAUUUUUUAUGGUGAAGGGAGGGUGAUAAGUCAAUUAAAUGGUGGGGAAAGGAGAAUUUGGACGGUUCUCCAUUUUUCCCCCACUCUAUCCCUUCCAAACUUACUGCGAAAGUUCCUUAAUUACACUUUUUUUUUAUUAAAUAUUAUAUCUCUUGCAGUCCUCGCCAUUUACAGUGGGAUUCCCACUUUCUUUCCUUCGUAAUUUGAAAUUUGUGUAUGCAAAACUGCCAAAGUUAGAAGCUUUUCUAAGUUUGUAAUAUUGCUUAAGUGUUGAAUUACUAGUGUAUGUUGUUAGACUGUUAGUAGUAUUGUUCGAUGAACAGGUAAUACCGGUGCGUGUGCCAUUUUAAUAUUGAAAUUUCAAUAUAAAAUUUAUUCUAGUUUAUUUACGUAUAUUUAUUGAGAUGAUUUAGUUGAUUUUUGUUACAGCUCUGGUACUUAAAUAUCGAAAGAGAAAUAUAUCACAAAUUAUUGUUGGCAUGUUAUCUACACAUCUCUGAUCUGUAAUCAAUGCAUCGAUUUUCCCCCAUUUUCAUUUGUCUGAUAAUAGGUAGUAAUUUUCCCUCGAAAUUUUUCCAGUGAAAGAAACAUUUUUUGUUCCUUUAUUGAUAUCAUCUCACGUGUAUUGUUGUUGUUCACUAACACUGUUGUCAUUAUUUUAGAAAUCUAUCUUGAAACUGAAUUGAAUUAUUUAAUUUUUAGUGGUAUCUUUAGUUAUGAAAAUUCACUUGUGGCCUUGAUUGUCUUACUCGAGUGAUACGGUUUGUGCAAGACCUGGAUAUCGUGUUGGUUUUUCAAUUUUAUCGAGGAAUAUUGAUGUUUAUGCACGUUCUAAGGUUUUUCUGUCAAUUUUAAACCCACGUUUUUCGUGGAUACGAAGUUUACGGUUGUGAGGGUCAAAGUAAGUGGAUCAAGUGACUUUCUACAUCUUUACUAUUUUCUUCGAUUGUUAAAAAUGAUUCUGUAUUUAUCGAGUAGGACGUGAACAUCUUGAAAUUUAAAGACUCAUUACUCUAUUCACAAAAGUCCGUUAGUGGCUCAUUGAUUCAUUUUUAAUUAGAAAUUAUCAUAAAAGUCCAUGAGUUCACAGUUUAUUAGUUAAUUCUGAUACAGAUUUUUUUUUUUCUUGAAAAUACUCAAUACCAGGUAUUUAGAUACAAAGUUUCUCAUUAUGUAGGACGAAUCCAUGUAGUAAAUACUAACGUUAUGUGUUACUUGAGAAACUUUUAUGUAGUGAGUACACGAAUAUUUAGUAUUUAGCGUUCUUCAUGUAUAAGUAUUCCAAUAUUCAGUAUUUUCAUCGGUUAUAAAUCCUGAAUACUGCAAUGUUUAGUACUUAAUCUAGUAUUUAACUAAAAUUUUACUUAAGUGUAUCCCACACUCCUAUCAUUAUAACUUCAGAAUUCAAACUCAAAACGAAUACUUAUUAACAAAUACUUAUUUGAGACACUUGCUUUGAUCUUCGAAUAAAAAUUUCACUGUGAAAACGAACCAAAAAAUGUU